AAUUGGACUUGGUCAAGAUUUUUGAUUAUUCCCUUUGCAUUGCAUGGAAAUAGAUAGAGAUCUGAAGCUACUUAUAAAUCACAAAGCAUGGGAACUAACUAAUUACAUCUCAUCUUCAUCAUGAAAAUCUUCAUCUGCAAAUGUGCGUUGAUCAUCGUGUUGAUGCAUGCAUCCAUCCUCCCUCAGAGUCGUGCGCAGAAUGGGGAAAGAGUGGUGUGCACCAGCAAAAAGAGCCCAUGUUUCCUCAAGGGAAUAACCUGUCCGAAACAAUGCCCGACCCGAAGGCCCACGGACCCCAAGGCGAAGGCGUGCUUCAUCAACUGCGACUCUCCCAUAUGCAAGGCCGAGUGCAGACGCCGGAAGCCCAGCUGCAACGGCGUCGGAGCAGCGUGCUACGAUCCGCGCUUCAUUGGCGCAGACGGCGCUGUCUUCUACUUCCACGGCCGGAGCAACGAGCACUUCAGCUUGGUCUCCGACAGCAGCUUGCACAUCAACGCCCGUUUCAUAGGGCACCGCCCCUCCGGCAGAAGCCGCGACUACACGUGGAUUCAAGCGCUGGGCGUCCUCUUCGGAUCACACAGCUUGUCUGUGGAGGCAAAGCAAGCAGCGGAAUGGGACAGCAGCGUCGACCAUUUCAGAUUCGUGUAUGAUGGCGACGAGGUUGGGUUGCCCCCGGGUUUCCUGUCUGGGUGGAGAUCUGCGGAAGGCGAGGUGACGUUGGAGAGAGUGAGGAGCACGAACAGCGCCGUCGUUUCGAUCCCGGGGGUCGUGGAGAUCGGGGUGAAUGUAGUCCCUAUCACUAAAGAGGAUGACAGAAUUCACAAGUAUGAGAUACCGGCUGAUGACUGCUUUGCGCAUCUGGAGGUGCAGUUUAGGUUGUUUGAUGUGUCGGCGGCGGUGGAGGGGGUGCUAGGGCGGACAUACAGGCCGGAUUACGAGAGCCACGCCAGGCUGGGCAUUGCGAUGCCGGUGGUGGGAGGAGAAGAUAAGUACAGAACUACAUCUCUUCUUGCACCAGACUGCACACAGUGUGUGUUUUCUUCCCGGCCUCGAUUAACCAUGGAAUGAUGAUGAUCUAGUUAAUACUCUACAACCUAAAUGUUUGUAUUUCAUUAUUUCACACAGCCCAUAAGCUGCUUUCUUUAUGAAAUUUUACAUUUCCAUUUUA